AUGGUCAAGUCUCCAAAAUCCAGUAAAAAAGGAGGAAAAGGCGCUAAGCCUAAACAAGCUGUCCAUAUGGUUCACGUGAAUGAACAUCUCAAUACUUCGUUUACUAUCUUGUCAUGUGAUGGAGUGGAAUUUAAAACCGAUGGUCACACUAUAAAACAAUCGAAAAUCCUCAACUUGGCUUCUAAAAACCUCGAUCAGCCAACGACACCAAUUCAAGUGGAUAAAGUGAAAGGAGACACAAUGAAACUCCUUUUGGAAUGGAUGGAUCAGCACAAGUACGAUGGUCCGUACAUUUCAAAAUCAGGUCCUGGACUCCGACUCCCCACCUGGGAUUUCCGAUGGCUCAAAGAACUUGAUAACCAACAACUUUUCGAUUUGAUAACUGCAACAAACGACCUCCAAAUCAAGCAGUUAAUGGAUUAUUCAUGCAAGACGGUGGCUAAUAUGGCAAAAGGAAAAAAUCCGGAUGAACUGAGACAAAUAUUUGGAAUAUUAUCGGAUGAAGAGGAAGCUGAAAUAGCCCUUUACGAGCCUGGACCAUCGAAUGCAAAGUGA